AUGAGCUCUAUCGGGACCGGAUAUGAUCUUGCUGCGUCAACUUUUUCGCCAGAUGGGCGUAUAUUUCAGAUUGAGUAUGCUCAAAAGGCUGUCGAUAACAGUGAGACGAUGAUUGCUCUGCGCGGAAAAAAUGGAGUUGUUUGUGCUGUUGAAAAGGCGAUCCCAUCAAAGCUGUAUCAAGAGAAUUCAAAGCCGCGUAUGAUGACUGCUGCUGAGCAUUUGGGACUUGGAUUGGCAGGAGUGUAUCCUGAUUGCCGAGCCAUUAGAGACUAUGCUGUGGAAGAGGGACUCAAGUAUCUUCGAGAUUAUCGGUGCCCAAUUCCCGAUAAAAAACUGGCUGCAACUCUUGCGGAAUAUGUUCAUAUGUUCACACUGGGCAUUAGCCGUCCUUUUGGUUGUUCGGUUUUUGUUAAUUCUUGGGAUAAGAAGGAUGGAGGCAAGAUUUUCUUGAUUGAACCAAGUGGUUUAUCAUACGAAUACCGAGCGUGGGCUGUUGGGAAAAAUCGUCAGGCUGCAAAGGCGGAAAUCGAGAAGUUGAAGUUGGAUGAACUGGAAAUGGACCAGCUUGUUAAGGAAGCGGUGCGGAUCAUCAUGGCCAUUCGUGAUGAAGGAAAAGACAAGAAUGUCACAAUCGAAAUGAGCUGGGUCGGAGAGAAUACUAAAGGAAAUGCCGAGCUUGUUCCAAACGCCACGAUUGAUGCGGCUGAAGAAUGGGCUCGCCGGGCCCUUGACGAGGACGAUCUCGAUGAC